CCGCCGCAGCAAAGGUCGCAGUACCAGGAAUGGCAGCCGCAGCAGCAAAGGCAGCCGCAGCAGUCGCACCAGCAGCGGCAGGAGCAGCAGCACCAGCAGCAAAGGCAGCCGCAGCAGCAGCAGAAAAGGCAGCAGGAGCAGCAAAUGCAGCAACAACAGCAAACCCAGCAGCCACAGCAACAGCAGCAGCAAAUGCAGCAGCCACAGCAGCAGCAAAUACAGCAGCCGCAGCAGCAGCAGCAUCGCCAAAUGCAGCAGGAGCAGCAGCAGCAACACCAGCGGCAGCAGCAACCACAGCAACAGCGACUGCAACAGCAGGAGCGACAGCAGCAACAGCAGCGGCAACAACAACAACAACAGCAACAGCAGCAGCAACAGCAACAGCAGCACCAACAGCGACAGCAGCAGCAACAGCAACAACAGCAGCAACAGCAACCGCACCAGCAACCGCAACCGCAGCAGCAACAGCAGCAGCAGCACCAGCACCAGCAGCAACAGAUGUCUGCGUCCCAGAACUGGCCGAAUAACGAGCCAGAACAGCAGCAACUGCAACAGCAGCAGCAGCGGGAACAGGAGCAACAGCGAAAGCACGGUGCAUCACGCUCUAUAUUACAAGUUUCCGCUGCUCUCAUGAACACAGUUGCAACAGCAGCACCAGCAGCAGCAGCAGACGUAAGUGCAACAGCAGCAGCAGUAGCGCCGACACCAGCAGCAGCAACAACAGCAACAGCAGCAGCAACACCAACAGCAGCGUCAACAGCACCAGCGAUAGACGAACAGCAGCAGCAGCGGCAGCAGCAGCAGCAGCAGCGACAGCAGCAGCUGCAACAACGAGAAGAAAGGGGAUCAUCAUCGGCAGCAGCAUUCGAGGCAGCUACAUUAUAUGUGAGUGCCUGUAGAUUAUUUCUUGGUUGUAAUCAUGUAAGUCGGAGUGGACCAGAGGAAGAAACGGAAAAAGAAGAGGAAGAAGAAGAAGAAGGAGAAGAGCAGCAGCAGCAACAACAACAACAACCACAACUGCGCCAAGUGCAAAGGCAGCAGCAACGACAGCAGCAGCAACGGCAGCAGCAGCAACGACCGCAGCAGCAACGACAGCAGCACCAGGAGCAGAGGAAGGGCAGAAACAUGCCAGAAGCGCGAGAACAACAGCAGCAAAAGCGGAGUCAACAGCAGCAGCAGCAGAACGAGCAGCAGCAACAGCAGCACCAGCACCAACAGCAGCGGUGGUACAAGGGGAAGAGCUGGCGACAGCAACAGGAACGGCGGCAGCAGCAGCAGCAGCUUACGAAAAAGCAGAAGCAGCAGCACCCGCAGCAGGACUGGGCUGAACAGCACCAGAGGCAGGAAACAGUGAAGGAGGACGAGAAAAAGAAGCAGCAACAGCAGCAGCAGGAGGAACGACAGGAGGAGGAGAAGCACCUGCAGCAGCGUGUGGAUUCUGAAGCAGAACAGAACAAGCAGCAGCAGCAGGAGGAGGAGCAGGCGCAGCAGCGGGAGAAGCAGGAGGAGAGGUAUAGGAACACGAAGGAACGAGAACCACAGCGGCAACAGCAGCAGCAGCAUCCGAACAAAGAACAAGAGGAGAAAGGAGAAGAAGUAGAAGGAGAAGAAGAAGAAGAAGAGGGAGGGACAUACACGCGGCAGCAGCAGCAGCAGAAUCAGCAACAGCGGCAGCAGCAGUACCUUUUCAAAAUCCGACAUCAAGAUGAACAUAACAGUAUAGACGUACAGCAAUUACAAACACAAAACAUGAAAGAAACAGAAACUGAGAGAAAAUCCGAAGAAGAGAAAGAUGACGAUGACGAAGAAGCAGAAGCACAAGAAGCGGAAGAACAGGAAGAG